CCCAGUCCCCCUUGAGGGCUUCCGACGCUCCCGGAGCAUCGAGAAGGACGGCAUCCUCGCCAAUCAGAGAAGAAAAACGAGACAGCGAGGAUGGCGGGGCGCUGAGGAUCCGGUUCGACGCAGCUGGUAGAGUUUCGUUCGUCGAGUUCCGGGAGGCCUCCACACUCAUCCGAUGGACGCCAUCUCCGCUCUCCUACAGAAGCAGGGGCUCAGCGCAGCGGCCCAGGCAAUCAAGAGCGGUACGCUGCGACGCACUCAUCCGCGUCUUUCAUCAUUGAUUCAUGUGGAUUGGUGUUGGUGUGUGCAUGCCUGUGAGUAUCAGGUGGCGGCACGUUGCCUGUAGCAGACGCCAAGUGCCUCAUCGGGGAGCUGGAGCGCUAUGUGGAGAAGACGGAGGGCCACACGCGCACUGGCGAUGGCGAUGGCGGUGGACCACCGGUGCGGCUGCCGGCGUCGGUCGAGGGGGCGGGUCUCAGCGUCAACGAGACUGUGGCUUUGGCCAUCAAGACCGUCCUUUCACAGGAGGACAGACAUUUGUCGCGCGAGCAGCUCGACAACUUCGCUGCCGUGGUGAGAGUCGGCAUUGGUUCGUUCUGGGUUGAAAUGAGGGGUGUGUGUGUGUGUGUAUAGGUGGCCAAGUCGCCAGCGUUUCAAGAGGUCAUGACGACAGCAACAGCUGCGGCAAGGGACAACCAGACACGUACAGAUCAUGUGAUCGUGGUAACCACACCAUGGGAUGGAUGGGUAGGAGUGAGUGUCUGGUCUGCGUCAGUCCUCAUCCAGGUGUUGUAUCUGUGGAUGUGUGUGUGCCUCGUCAGACGGCCCCUUUUGACCAGCAGAUGGAGCAGUUCGCCGACGCGGCACAAACGGACGAUGAGAAGGUCAAGGACUUCCUUACACGGGUGAGUGAGUCAGUUGAGUGUGCCUGCUCACCUCCCGGGCUGCUGUGUCUGUCGGUCAGAUGGACAAUGCGGCGGCCGCCACGCCGACCACGGCCACCACACUGACUCCCGCGGCGAACCAAUCAAGUAAACACAAGCUACAGAGCCCUCUAGGUGGACGCAUGUGUGCCGCCACCAAUAAUCGGUCAGGUCGUGGCUUGAUGCGCACGAGUGACGCCAAUGAUGAGGAUGUGACGUACGGACAGACGCACACAGCAAAGCACCACACAGACGGGCCACAUGGCAUGGCACAUUGGUCUGUUGGGCAUGCCAUGCCGUGUGUGUGCAGGCGUCGUGGUGGUGAUCGGCAGAACCCGCCGACCUUCCACGUGAGCGCACUGUCGCCCCUCUCCGACACGGCGCCCACCAGAGGACCGCCGCUAUGGGUCAGUGAGUGAAGGCAUACAGACACACACACAGACAGGGAGGGAGAAAUCAGCGCUGUGUAUGAUCUCAGCCUCCUGCUGGAAAUCGUGGUGGUGAGGGCACCGGUGCCGCUGCUGGGGGCCAGGAAAGCGCCACGUCGGCCUUCUACACGCCCAGGCCGCCUGGUGGGAGAGGGAGGGAAGAGGCAUACAUCAACAGUCCGUCCGCUUUCGUGUGAUGUGAAUGUGUGUAACGUGACUGACUGUGUGCAGGUGUGGUUGGUCCGGACGAUGAGCAGUUCCCAGAAGAGUUCCUCAACGACGACGUACGCCACACCGCACACACACACGCUUGGCUUGGACCACGCAUUGUGUCUGUCUGGACUGCACAGGACCCCGGCUUCGAUGUCACCGAGUACGAUGAGGACGAGCUGCGGCACGUGGAGGUCUGCAGGAAGCGGCACCCCUACACCCAGACGCCCCCACGCGUCCCACUCAUCGGCGUCCCCCCCGCACCUCCACACCAAGACAGCGCAUUCAGACACCCCAUCCCAACACUCUGCCCAGGGUCAGCCGACGAGGCCGACGCCAUGUCCAUCACACCGGGGGGCCGCAGCAGCGGGCCGGUCGCACUGAGUGCUCUCGCGGAUGACGAGCUCAUGUUCUCGUCGGUGGCGCAGUCGCCCAGUGGGCGAGGAGGGAAUGAUGGUGACAAAGAGGGAGGAGGGAGAGGGUGCAGUGUGUGUCGGAAGGAAGGCACCGUCUGUUGCUGUCUGUGUGGUGUCUGCAGUUGGUAUGGCGGCGAGUAUGAUUGACGACGAGCUGGGGCACAGCUGCUCGGGGCCCACAUCAGAUGGGGUAAGCUUACAACGCGCCACAACAGACAGACAGAUGAUACAACAGACAGACAGAUGAUACAACCCGCUGUUUCCUCAAUUCUAUGUCACUGGCUGCAGCCGAUAGCGAGUCUGCCCCCACCUCCCGUCCCUCUGACGGUCAGCAGCAUGGAUGACGAGCUCGGCAUGGCGCGCAACGAGACCGACGCCGUGCCGGCAUUCGGGGGCGACGACUCGAGGGCAGCCGAGUUCGGGCCUGUUGCUGUGGCGGCAGCUGCUGCCGCCGGAUCUAUGCACGGUCAGCAAAGCAAAGCAGCACGACCCGACACACAAUUCAUUCAUCCACACCCAACCAACAUCCAUCCAUCCAUCCAUGCUUCCAUUCGUCGCCUGCAGACCGUUCCGACCGCUCGACGCACAGCACGUCGCCCACGUUCGGCGCGUCGGGUGCGGAGGCGCCCCGUCCACCGCCAGUGGCCCACCCCCACCCCCAGCCAUCAGCCGGCGACCUGGGACCUUUGUCGCCCCCGAGCGGGCAGGAGCUCGACGGCUACCCGGCGGAUAUGGACGACUCGGGAGGAGAGGUGCGGGGGGAGGGGGGGCUGCCAUCCGGGGCCACAUCCGGUGUGUGAGGAGUGCAGUGAGCACACUGGAAAUGUGAAGCAAGCUGGGAAGAUGAUAUGGAUGCAUGUGUGAAUCCGUGUGCUGUGUGUGACGUGUGCAGUGGUCAUGUUGGAUCCCUCUGGCGACACGGUCUACUUCGGCCCGGCCACGGAGGACUUCGCACAGCAGCAGGAACAAGCGAGACGAGACGUACGUGAGUGAGCUGUAACCUCGCCACGCACUCCACUCAGACACCCGCACUCAUAGAUGGCCGUGUUUCCUCUCCCUCUCCCUCUCUCCUCUCCCUCUGUCAGGCUGACAUAUGGGCGGCCGAGUACUCGAACGGUUCGUACACGACCAACCGCCAGAAGCGUCGUGAGGACAAGUACCGUCAGCUGGGCAAGGGCGAGGAUGACGCCACCCGAUCGGGGCCGCGAUUCCCGCCCUCGCAGGACCCCUUCUACCCAUGUGACGACAAGGAAGGCGUCACGUACGACUCAUUCCCGCUCAGGUGCGUCAUCUCAUGACGCCUGCUGAGGGUGGGAGGACUGGUCUGGUUUGCCGCGCAUCGUGUUGUUUGUUCUUGGGUCUGUCUGUUGUGUGUGUAGGGUGGUGUAUGAUCGCUAUCGCACUGGUUUCGAGGAGCAGAAGGAGUUCCCCGUCACAGAGCACAUGGAGAUCGCCGGAAGAUACCACGUGAGUGACCAUGACGCACGGACGAAUCGACCCGUCACAGAUGGAUGGAUGGCUGUGGCCCUCUCUCUCUCUCUCUCUCUGUGUGUGUGUGUGUGUGUGUGUGAAUGGAUUAGGUUCAUCGAUACAUCGGCAGUGCAGCCUUCUCGAAAGCGCUCGCCGCAUUGGACAAGGCCACCAACAGCUGGGUACGUGGCAACGAGUGAGAGGGCUCUUGUGUGAGUGCUGCUGUCCGUGUGAGCGUGGGCUGUGUCUGUCGUGUAGGUGUGUCUGAAGGUGAUCAAGCCCGAGAAGGACUUCAUCGACCAGAGUUUGGACGAGAUCAAGCUGCUGCGGUACAUCAACUGCAACGGCAACGUCGACAACCACCACUGCCUCAAGCUCGUCGACUACUUCUACCACAGGGAACACCUUAUCAUCGUCACCGAACUGCUCAAGUGAGCACACAGCACACCAGCGGCACCCAACACAGACACACGACGGUCUGGAUCAACGUGUGCAUGGGGUGUGUGUCAGGAUGAAUCUGUACGAGUUCCAGAAGACCAAUCGCGAGAAUCAGGAGGUCGACGGCGACGCCCCCUACUUCACCAUGGGGCGCAUACAACUGGUCAGACACGCAGAAACAGACAGACAAGGCCACAGCACCGACGCGUGUGUGCAUGUGUGUCUGUGUGUGUGGCUGCAUUGCAUUGCAGAUCACGAAGCAGGUGUUGGAGGCGUUGGCGUUCACCCAUCGGCUGUGUCUGGUCCACUGCGACCUGAAACCCGAGAACAUUCUCUUCAAAUCAUACGGACGCGUCAAGGUGGGCAGGUCACGUCACGGAGGCACGACCCCAUAGACACACUGUCUGCCCCCUCCUGUCUGUCAGGUCAAGGUGAUUGACUUCGGUUCAUCGUGCUUCAUCGACGAUGUGCUUUCGCACUAUGUGCAGUCGAGGUGGGUGAGGAAACAAACACUAAAGGAACGUGGGAGGGACCUUCAUUGCUGCCGUUGUGGAUGGUCGUCUUCGUAGGUCUUAUCGCGCGCCAGAGGUGCUGCUGGGUCUGCCGUACGACAGCAAGAUCGACAUAUGGAGCCUCGGAUGCAUCGUCGCCGAGCUGUGGAUGGGGUCAGUACGCAGCGCCACCACCACCACCCCCACCCCCACCCCCACCCCCAAGCACCCACACCAACUGUCCCUCUCUGUCUCUCUCUGCCUGCAGCACUGUCUUAUUCCAAAACGACUGCCUGACGUCGAUGCUCUCCCGCAUCGCAUCGAUAGUGGGGCCCAUCCCAUGGUACCUCUUCGCCAAGGGCAAGCAGGUCCGCAUGUACUUCACCAGCGACGGCUCACUCGCGCGCAAGGUGGACACCCCACACAGCAUGGUGGGCGGCAUGACGGCGUCGGGGGCCACCAUGGCGCCGCACAUCGCCGCACAGAUGGACAUGCACAGCUCGGGGGCUCACGGAGGGUGAGCGAGGCGUGAAGAGCGGGAGGGCGGGAAAUGUGGGUGGGUGUGUAGAUUAGAUCUGUUCCGGUGUGUGUGGUCAGCCGUCGGUACGUGAUGUAUUUGCCGAAGAAGUCGUCUUUGCGGUCUCGCAUGCGGUGCGACGAUGACUUGUUCGUCGACUUCGUCUCGCAGUGCCUCCAGAUAGACCCCGUCAAAAGGUACCGCAACACCCACACACAGACAAGACACACCAGUCGUAGCCCUCUCCAAUCAAUGCACGUGUGAUGUGUGGAUGGAUGGGUGGGUGGACAUUCAGGUUGACGGCUGCGGCGGCGUUGCAGCACCCCUUCAUCACGCAAGCCAAGUACCCCGAUGGCCUCUGAUACACUCACACAUGCGAUCAAUCCACACACCGAGCGACAAGACCUUCAAUUGAAGUGGCGACUGACUGUACGGGCCGGGCCUGCCUUUUGUAAAUAUCUUUCCACGUACCAACCAGCUGCGGCAGUGCAGUACCUUAGUAGCUCGCCACCUACCUCGCUGGCGGCAUCCAUCAGUGCGGUGGAUCUGAUUUGGUUGGCGGGCUAAGCUUAGGUGGGUGGGGCGUGUAGCAACAUCCAUCCAUGUGUGGCGAGGGCGAGACGAGACGAGGCGCAGCGUAGAGUGAGCGUGAAUGCAUGCGAUGGCGGUUUCCUUCCUUUUUAAGUGAGUGGGAGAGAGCCGGCCUUCUGUCCGUGGGCGCGGGGUCGGGUGUGCCUGACUAGCCAUUCUGGUGAUACCGAUUGAGUGAUCCGAGUCUCUGUCUGUCUGUUUCCUUCCUCCUAGUAUCCUUUCGUGUCUCAAUAUCUGAUAUUGAUGGUUUUGUCUGAGUGUCUGAGUGAGUGCCUUUGGUUAUCAGUCAGCUCCUUAGUUGGCUUGCUUCCUUAAUGACCGACCCUUUUUGCCGUUUUGGCCCCCUCUCCCCCCUCCCCCCUCUCUACCCUCCGUCUGUCUCCCGUCCUUGCUUCUUCCUUCUUGCUAUGAGUACUCAUGCAUGUGUUGUGCUGUUCUGCCACAUUGGACAUCAACUCACUGCAGAAGAGGUACACUAUACACACGCAGAUAGAUAUGAUCACCGUGCAAAUAUGCAGAUAGAUCAGGUGGAUGAUGCAGCGACACGCACGUACCACCAGGAUACGAUGCAUGUCAUACGUGCGCCUAUCGACACACAGAGUAAUCUAAGC